CUGGCCACAGCGGGAUGGGCCUGAGUCCGGCCGCCAGCGGGGAGCACAGGAUCCGCUUCUCUAGGGUCCCAUGGCCACGCUCCAAGCUCACCUCCACAACCACCAGUACCACCGGGUCAAGUGACACCCAACCUGCAACUGGAACUGGACAGUCAGUCGUGCCCCACUCAGAGUCAGCGAGCUCUCAAGGGCUGUUGGUCCAGUUCCUGCCAAAGCAGCUCAAGCAAGGCGAGUUAGAACAGGCCGGAAGCUUGCAGCGUGGAGAGAAGGCGGUAAUUAACUUGGAGAUCACAUCCAGCAAGAAGAGAACAGAGCUGAUUCCAACAACUAAGUCGGAGAUUGAAGUCAAGCUGAAAAAUCAAGCAGUCGAGGACAAACCAAGACCCAGACCUGGAGACCUGAUUGAGAUUUUUCGAAUUGGCUAUGAGCACUGGGCCAUCUAUGUGGAAGAUGAUUGUGUGGUCCAUCUGGCUCCCCCGAGUGAGGAGUUUGAGGUGGGCAGCAUCACUUCUAUCUUCAGCAACCGCGCUGUGGUGAAGUACAGCCGGCUGGAGGACGUGCUGCAUGGCUGCUCUUGGAAGAUCAACAACAAGCUGGACGGGACAUACCUGCCCCUCCCUGUGGACAAGAUCAUCCAGCGCACGAAGAACAUGAUCAACAAGAUAGUGCAGUAUAGCCUGAUUGAGGGGAACUGUGAGCACUUUGUCAACGAUCUUAGAUACGGUGUGCCCAGGAGCCAGCAGGUGGAGCAUGCCCUGGUGGAGGGAGCAAAGGCUGCAGGCGCUGUCAUCUCAGCGGUAGUGGACAGCAUAAGACCCAAAUCUAUAACUGCUUGA